CUUAAUAUAAUGCAUUGAUUAUGAUUAUAGCAUUUAUGUUGAAUGUAAUAUUGAUUUAAUUAAAAAUACACAGGUGUCUCAGAGUAAUAUUUUUAAAGAUCUAGUUCUGUGAUUGCGUUACUCGUAUCACAGAUUUAUAAACUUUUAUUGCUGUGAGGUGUUAAGUCUAGAUUGCCUUCUGCCUAUCUCAAGAUUUUAUAUCUCAUAUUUCACUUGGCCAUGUUCCACAGCUUCUAUGUGGGUGUAGGUCUGACUAGUUUGUGGACCAACAAGGUGCGGAUACUUUUGACAGUAUGGGCAGGCCAUAGUGCUGCUGGAAAAGGACAUCAGAAUCUCCAUAACAUUCAUCAGCUGAGGGAAGCAUGUAGUCCUCAUUCCCUGCAAGGUAACUAUGUUGAUUUUGUAGUUGCCAAAACACAAAAAUAAUCAGAAAUUGGAAACUUUAUCCUGGGCCUCAAGCAACAUGCAUUCUGUGCUUCACUCUUCAUCCAGACCACAAUUUCCAAAUAUAUUGCAAAAUUUACUUUUAUUAUGAAAAAGAUGUCCAGUCCUUUUUUCUUCCUACACACUUCUGAAUCAAAUUCAUUAGUAUUAGUGCCUCAUACACAGUUCUGUAAUAGCCUGAAGCCAUAAGCUGAUGAUUACAAAAUAAAAUCUUAAAUGAGUGCUUUGUCGCCACCCUUUGGCAGAGAACGGUGAAAGUUUGUUUCUGACAAACAACUUUUGAGCAACAUGGCAACCAGGUGGGGAAUAUGCAGCGCUGGGAAGAUCAGUCAUGACUUUGCUGUUGCUUUAAAAACUCUUCCUGCUGAAGACCAUCAGGUUGUGGCUAUUGCAGCUCGUAAGUUGGAGGAUGCUGAAGAGUUUGCCAGGGAACAGAGCAUCUCUAAGGCUUACGGCAGCUACGAGGAGCUGGCCAGAGAUCCAAAUGUAGAUGUGGUGUAUGUUGGGAACAUCCACCCAUACCACCUGAAGGCCUGUCUGCUCUUCAUGAAUGCCAAGAAGAAUGUUCUGUGUGAGAAACCGCUGGCCAUAAACACCAAAGAAGUGAAAGAGAUACUGGACUCUACCAAAAGGAAUCAAGUCUUCUUCAUGGAGGCCGUGUGGACCCGUUUCUUCCCAGUUUCUGUGGAGGUUAGGAAGAUGCUGGCGCAGGGGGAAAUAGGAGAGGUGAAAAUGGUUCGGUCUGAGUUUGGAGUCCCUGUUUUGCACAACCGAAGAGUAGUAGAGAAGGAGUUGGGAGGAGGAGCGUUGUUGAACAUUGGCACGUACUGCCUGCAGUUUGUGUGUAUGGUGUACAAUGGAGAGAGGCCAGAGAGCAUCCAGGCUACCGGGGUCUGCCUGGACACAGGGGUGGAUGAAACUGUGAUUGUAACUCUGAAGUUUUCAGAGAAGAGAAUGGCAGUGUUUACUUACUCUUCCAGUAUACAGCUUCCUAAUGAUGCCAUUAUUGUUGGAACCAAGGGCACCAUCCAGAUCCCUGCCAGAAUGUGGUGCCCCACAUCGCUAAUUGUGAAUGGGAAGGAGACCCAGUAUCCCUUGCCUGAACCGCAUUUCCCUUUGAACUUCCUCAACACCACAGGGAUGCGUUAUGAAGCAGAGGAAGUCCGACAGUGUUUGAUCAAAGGGCUGAAGGAGAGUCCAGUCAUGUCUCACUCAGACUCUCUUCUGCUGGCAGAACUGGAGGAUGAAAUCCGUAGGCAGGUGGGCGUGGUGUACAGCCAAGACUGCCAGUAAAUGUUCUGCAGUCACUACAAAAAUGAAACAAUUACUCAAAAUGGACUAUUAAGGAGAUCCAGCAGGACUUUGUGUUCCAUCACUGCUGCUACUGUGUUAUUUCUUCAUGUUUUGAGAGGCCUGACAGAGAUCAUACCUAAAGAUCAGUAAAAGUUCUGAAUCCAAACUUUGUAAAUCUUCCUUUGAGUUUACUUUCAGUUCUGUUCCUAUUAAGUUAUUCCAAAAACAAAAGGCCAGAUAACUUCUGAUAGGUGCUCACUUUAUUGAUAGAACUUCAGUCUUAAGAGACAUCUCACUACACCAGCUAAACAUCAUAAUCCCCCUUUACAUAGUUAGUUCUUAGUCUCUAGCAUUACAAUCAAAAGCAUGUUAGAGGAGCAGGACAGCUACAGUGGAUCACCAACAGAGAAGACGAUGAGAGAGCUCUGAAACAUGAGUUCUGAUCUCUUGAUCCAAAUCAAAUGUUUAUAAUUUUCCCUCUCGGAUAUUAUCUGAAUGCAAAGAAAUGUAAAGGCUUUGUGACACAUCUAACAACACAGAACAUUAACUCCUUUGGAUUGGACACUCAAAACUUUUUAUCUCUCUUGUCAGAAAAAAUAUAA